UAGAGAAGUGAGUCAGUGUUCGGGCAGAGGCAUUCCUGAAAGUGGCUAGUUGAUUCUGGGGUGAGGGCUGUGUCCUGAAUAAAUCCUCUGCUCCAACUUUACAUCCCACUUUCAAUACUCAUUCUCCCAAAAUGGGUUCACUGGCUCGGCUGCUACUCGUCACCUGGCUGUUUCUACCUUUAUUUGGUGCCGACCCGGGCAAGAAAAGAACUGCGCGUCAACGAGAUGAGGAGUUAAUUGAAAGGUAUAAUGAGAUAUGCAAGCGAGGUUCACCAGGUAUUCCUGGCCGAGAGGGUAAUCCUGGAGCAAAUGGCAUUCCGGGAACCCCAGGAAUCCCAGGACGUGAUGGAAUCAGAGGAGAGAAGGGUGAGUGCAUGCAAGAGCGCCUGGAGGAGCCUUGGAGAGUCAACUACAAGCAAUGUGCCUGGAAAGCACUCAAUUACGGCAUUGACCUCGGCAAAGUUGUGGAAUGCACAUUCACAAAGAUACGCAUGGACAGUGCUCUCAGAGUACUGUUCAUUGGUCCCCUGCGCCUGAAAUGUAAAACUCCCUGCUGCCAGCGUUGGCACUUCACAUUUAAUGGAGCAGAGUGCAACGGCCCACUCCCAAUUGAAGCUAUCGUUUAUCUUGACCAAGGAAGCCCCGAAUUCAACUCUACUAUCAAUAUACAUCGGACAUCUACAGUGGAAGGGCUAUGUGAAGGGAUCACAGCUGGUCUUGUGGAUGUUGCACUCUGGAUCGGGCUGUGUGCGGAUGGGUACCCGCAAGGUGAUGCUUCCACUGGCUGGAACUCAGUAUCACGGAUGGUUAUUGAGGAGUUACCAAAUUAAUUUCCAUUCUGCAAAUGCAGUCAUGAAAAACCAAUUUGCUCCCCAUUGAAAUUAUAUGAUGGAAAAUUAUAAACUUCACAAAAUAAAUUCA